AUGGAGAAGCGCAUAAGUAGUGACUUUUGCCUACGCUUUUUGCUCAUUAGUACGCUGGACGUGGGACGUCGACAUGGCGAUAUCCGAUCUGAUCGAGCAAUGUCAUCAUCACGGCGUAAUUUAGUCGUACGCUUCUUAUUGCAGGUCGCUGUGAACGGGGAAAUUUACCCCUCUCUGCUCUGUGAAAAAGACAUCUCCUGCGAGGGUCGGCGUGAGUGUUAA